ACAUUUAAUUUAGGCCCAUCUUUUUUGUGAAACCGUGUAUUCAUAGGACAGUUGUGCCACCCAGUGGACAGACUGAAAACGAACUAUAGCCCUUUAAUUAAAAAAAACAAAUUAAAACUAAUAAAUUAUAAUGAUAACGUUUCUAAGAGCCAGGUGAGUUACUAAAUACUGUGUUUCCCAACACAUAAUAUAAAUUUAGAUCAUUCUUCACAAAAUCUCUACAAUAAAAACUUCAAGAAACACGGAACGAAACACCAACUGGUCAGUGUUUACUCACGGACGCUUUCCUGGGCUGCACCCACGUUUCAUGUGUUGUGUUGUCAGAAGUUGAACAUCUUUGAUUUCUUCUGGACCGUUGUUGACACACCUGUCCACUUGACGGGACAAUAACUUCCUCUCCAACAUGUCCGGGGACACCAGCCCGUCCUCGGCGGAGGUAGUUCUGGGUUUCCUGGAGGAGGCGGAGCCGUGGCGGCUGCUGUCCCCGCAGUUCCCCAGUAAAGUCGGGGGAAAACCGGCGUGGCUCAGCCAGAGAGGCCUGCCCUCACUGCCCGGACUGGAGUGUGACAUCUGCCGCCUGCCUCUGGUCUUCCUGAUGCAGGUGUAUGCACCCAUCUCUGGUCAGGACAGGAGUUUCCACAGAGCGCUCUUUCUUUUCUGCUGCAAAAAUCAUGAGUGUUACAAACCCAAUGACAGUCGCUGUAUGAAAG